AUUAUUGGGGCACACACACCAUUCUCAUUUCUAUAUAACCACCUUAAUAUCCUCUUCUUUUCCAAAUCACAAAUCUCACUAAUUCACAAACACAUUAGUAUUAGUACUAAUUCACAAACAAAACAAUAUGUCUGGUCUCAUUAAGGUUGUUGCACUUUCUGGUUCUCUCCGUAAAGCUUCUUACAACACUGGUCUCAUCCGUUCUGCUAUUGAGCUGAGCAAAAGUGUGGUUGAGGGUGUUGAAGUUGAAUAUGUUGAUAUUUCAAACCUACCAUUGUUGAAUACUGAUCUUGAGAAAGAAGGGACUUAUCCAGCUGAAGUUGAAGCCUUUCGUCAAAAGAUUCUUGGAGCUGAUAGCUUUCUCUUUGCUUCUCCAGAAUAUAAUUACUCUGUCUCAGCUCCACUAAAGAAUGCAAUUGAUUGGGCUUCAAGACCACCAAAUGUUUGGGCUCGUAAACCUGCUGCGAUAGUGAGUGUUGGAGGAGGACAUGGUGGCGCAAAAUCACAUUAUCAUCUCCGUCAAAUUGGAGUUUUCAUCGAUCUUCAUUUCAUUAAUAAACCCGAGUUUUUCCUAAAUGCAUUCCAACCUCCGGCAAAAUUUAACGGUGACGGUGACUUAAUCGAUGAAGAUGCCAGAAAUAAGUUGAAGGAAAUUCUUUUGUCCUUGAAGGCAUUCACCCUUCAACUUCAAGGCAAAAAUUGAAACAAUUAUCAGUAACUUUAAUUGUUUGAAAUACAUCAAGCUUUGGAUGUUAAGAAAGAUUUGGAUUUUAGCAUAAGUUGAUGUUAUUUGUUUUUUAUUUACAAUUGAAAUUUUUAUUUA